AUGGGCGAAGGAAGACUGGAGAACCUCCAGAAGGAGGUCAGCUCCGCCAUCCGCCGCCAGAGGUCCUGGACGGACGCUGCCGCGCUCUUGCGCACGUGCGCGACACGGCGAGUUCUGUUGAACGAGUUUUGUCUCAGCGCGCUCUUGGGAAGCUAUGCGAAGGCGACCAAAUGGAGAAAGUCCUUGGAUGGAUUAGAAGCAUCAAAUGACGACUUGCUCGUGCCCGACGUGUUUUGCUACACUGCCGUGCUGAAUGCGCUGGAGCGUGGACGGUGCUGGAGCUUGUUGGGCAGCCUAUUCAUCCGGAUGUCCCAAGAAGGGAUCCAGCGGAACCUGAUCAGUGUCACCAGUGCACGUGCCGCUCGACCGCUGUGGCGCCACACGAGCGAGACGCUUCGACUGCUGCGCCGGUGGCAGCUCCGAGCUGAUGUGGUUUGCUGGAGCUCCGUGUUGAAAGCUGCCCAUGGAGGCACGCCAUCCACUUGGACCCGGCUUUGCGCCCUGCUGACCGACAUGUCCAGCGGCUCCAUCGCGGGCGACGUGAUCUCGUUCAACGCAGCCAUGCACCGGACGCCUUGGCAGCUCAGCGGCGCAGUUCUGCGUAUGAUGAACUUGCAACGAGUUUUUCCCGAUGUCGCUACUUUUACGCAUGCCAUGAACGCCUGCGCUUUGAAGUUGAGCUGGCAUGAAGCUCUCUUGUUUGCCGGUGCUGCUUGGACGGCCCAGGUCCAGCUCGACCAGAUGGCUUUGACCCCGCUAUUGGCCGCACAUCCCUGGCGGAAAGGCUUGAGCCUGGCGCAGGCGCGUGCGCAAGUGGGAACCCACACUUGGAACGAUGGAGGCUUACAGCUGGAUUCGGUGUGUUGGAGUGCCCUGCUAGCGGCUUCCCAUUGGCAAAAGGCCUUGGAGCUCGGACGAUGUCUUCCCUGUGCUUCCAUCACUUUGACCACAGCUGGCCACAACGCUCUGCUGUCGGCUUCUGGCCACUGGGCACGGGCUUGGACGCUCUUCGAGCGAGGGGACGCUCUUCGCGCUGAGGUGGACGUGUUCAGCUACAACUCGGUCGUCGCCUCCCAGAAGCGCUGGCAGUCAGCACUGGUCAUCCUGCAAGAGAUGUCGACAAGUCAAGUUGAAGGUGACCGCAUUGGAGUCAAUGCUUUGAUCAGUCUGAGCUCAGAUUCCUCCGAAUGGCCUCGGGCCUUUGAUGCUUUUCGUGGCUUGUCUUCCUCGUCAUUGCAGCCCGAUGUGGUGACCUUCUCGGCCCGGAUGGAGGCCUGUGCGCAGGCAUUGCAGUGGGAGUUGGGCUUCGACUCACUGGUGGCUAUGAUGAACGUGGGCGUUGAAGCAAAUGCCAUGACCCGCACCAGCCUUUGCAGUGCCUUGUGCUCCUUGAGGGGAGCAUGGACCAUGGCACUAGCCACAUGGAAGAGAACAGCAGACGUCGAUGCAUCUUACUACAACAUCCUCAUGUCCAGCUGCGGCAGCCACUGGCGGAUGGUGCUUCAUUUGCUACAUCAAAUGCCGCUGGUUCCGCCAAUCUUGGCACCCGACCAAAAGUGCUGGUCCACGGCGGCCCGCGCGCUGUCUGCUGGAGUUGUGUGGCGCGGUGCUUUGGAGAUCUUGGAGAUGUUGGGAGAGCACGAUGGACUGGAUAUGGUCAUGCAAGAUGUGUUGCUGUCCACAUUGGAUUUGAGUGGGCAUCUCCGAAGCUACGGGGAAGCGCUGCAGGCCAUGGCAGAUGGAUGGCGCGAAGGGAACGCCCACGCUGUGAAGGGCACGCCGCCUGGUGACAGAGUGUGGGAGGAGCCGAGCCGAGGGUCUCCAGAUUCGAGCUGUUGGAGCUCUGGAGUGAUGUUCCCCAAGUGCACAGAGUUCAGCUCCGCUCGACAUGGGCCCACCAGCUGGCGCGGCGCGCUGGCAGAGAUGCGAAGCAGGCAGCUGGAAGCCAACCUCAUCCGCCAUACUGGAACCCUGAAGUCUUUCUCCCGGAGCUUGCUGUGGGAGAUGACCAUUGCAUCACUGCAAGAGGUCGCAAGACUAGACUUGGAAAUCGAUCUGAUUUGCUGUGGCACUGCUAUGGGAUCUUGCCGAAAGCGCUGGCAACAGAGUUUGCGGUUUAUCAAAUAUGCAGAAUAUCAAGAUUUGCCACCAAGCAGUAUUGUGCUGGGACAGGCGGUCUCGGCAUGUAAAGAAGUGGCACUGUGGCAGCUGGCAGGUGACCUCGUGAGACCCCUCGCGGAGCCGGAUCUGCUCGCUGCGACGGCGGUCUUGGGCGCCUGCGUCGAACGGUGGACGCAGAGCUUGGCAUGUUUAAGCAGAAUGAGCACUUUGAGACUACUCUUGGACCAAGUUCCAUACAACAGCGCGAUGAAGGCAUGUGCGCAAAAUGGUUUCUGGCCGACAGCUUUGGACCUGACCCGAAAGCUGGGUGAGAUGUCCAUCGCCCUCGACGGAACCACUUUGUCUACAUGCCGGACAGCAUGCAGCAGGGCAGAGGUGUGGGAACUUCCUUUGCAGUUGCUGCAGACCUCUUUAUUGUUGCGGAUUACUCCGGAUCUUAUUGACUAUGGAGCCACUCUGUCAGCUUGCGAGAAGACAGGGCAGUGGCGACCAGGGCUUUGCUUGCUGAAUACGCUGCGGGAAAGUGAAUUGCAACCAGAUCUCGCUUGCUUCCAUGCCUUUAUGGAUGGAGCUGGAAAAGAUGGAUGGAUCCUUCCAAUCCACAUGUUGACAGCACUGCUACACACCAACAUUUCAUCCAUCAUGACCACCUACAACAUUGCUAUCAAUGCCUGUGACGACUGGCGCCGCAUCUCGGAGUGGUUGGCUUCGGCGCGGCGCGCGCAGCUGGGGCUGCGCGUCGACGCGAUCAGUUGGAACUCGGCGUUGAAGGCCGGGGCCUCUCCAUGGCAGAGGCCGCUGGAGAUCCUUCGGCAGAUGCAGGACGAAGCUCUACUGCCAGAUGCCUUGACAGCAGAUGCAUGGGCGAACACUUGGCGGCCACAGCAAUGGCAACAGGCACUGUCCGCCCAGUUUUGCAGGUCUCCUCUACCGCGCUUGGCUGCGGCCGCGGUGCAGGGUAGUCCGUGGCAGCUCGCCUCCUCCCUGGCGACCACCUCACGCCAGCGCCGGGCUGAGCCCGUCUCGGUGGGCGACGGAGGCGGUGCCUGGCCGAGGGCUUUGCAGCUGGUCGGAGGCGGUGCCUGGCAACAGAGCCUGCAGCUCUUGUACGGAGCUCCGAUGCAGAGACUGCGAGCGGAGGCUGAGCUGCUCCGCGGGGUCAGCGGGAGCGCGGCCUGGCCGUUGCAGGUGAAGCUGUUGUCUUCCAUGGAACCGAAGCGACAGGCGUUUCGCUGCGAGCUGUACCGAUCUGUCGGGCGUUGGUGGGCUGCGCUGCACGUUUGGGAGGAGAUGGAACAGCACGGGCUGCGGGCAGACGAGGUGCACUGCAGCAGCCUCCUGCGUGCCUGCGACGAGGAGCGCGUGCCCAACGGCUGGUGCCGGGCCUUGGCCCUCCUGCGGAGCCUUUCCUCGGGGGUCCGCCGUGAUCCCAUCCUUUGGAAUGCCCUCUUGGCCACCACCUCGUUGCCACGCGGCGGGUCCGCGGCACCCGCUGAUCCGCGCCGAUCCGCCUGGGCGCGGCCGCUGGUGCUGGUGAAGGCGAUGUGGGAGAGCGCGGUGGUGCCAGACAUUGUCACUUUCAACACCUUGCUGAGUGCCAGCAGAUGGGAGGGAAUGCUGGCAAUCUUGCUUCAGAUGGAGCAGAUGAGGACGCCGAUUGAAGAUGUUGCUGCCCUAACAGUUGUUGAUUCUUGUGCGCAAGCAGGGCAGCUAGCCUUGGGGCGGCAUAUCCUGGAGAACAUCUUCCAACACGUCCCUGCGGUGCUUCGCCUGUGGUCCUUCGCCCAGUUGGGCGUCGCCAACGCGUCUGCCAUCGCUGCCGCCUUUCGCCACGCGCGGGACGACGAGCGGCGAACGGGGCUGUCGGCCGCGGAGGUGCCCAAAGUCUGGUGGGCUUGUGGAAUUUUGGGUGUGAACAGCAGCUUCUCGCAGCGGCUGGCGCAGAUCUCUGCAGGACUCCUCAGCCGCUUCGACUCGGCUGAACUCUUGGCCAUCACCAUGGCCGCGGCGACCGAAAGCACCCGGGCGCCAGUGGUGACGGGCGAGCUUUUGGCCCAGCUCCAAUGGGAGCUGCUCCGGCGUUUGUCACGCGACCCAGCAGGGAGUGGUUUGAGUGCCCUCCAAGCAGCCUUGCAGGACUUCCUGGGCAUCCUUUGGGCGCUCCACUUCGCAUCCGCCACAAGCAGAUCCGCUUCGGCGCGGGUGGACGUGCUGCGCUGGGCAGACCUGCUGGAGGCAGAGGCAGCGAAGGUGAUGCGCCCAACGGCCCAACCACUGUCCUCGACAGCGCCCUCCACCUCGGCCAUGGACGUGGAAGUGCCCCAGGUCCUCCUGGAGCUGCCGGAUCGCAUGGCGUUGACCAAGCCUGCGGGGUGGGAGGUCUAUGGAGACACCCCACAUCAGCUCCUGAGUUACCUCCGCGCGCGGGACGCCCGUGUCAUCGACGACGCCCAGCAUGCCUUCGGGUUCCUACACCGCUUGGACGUGCCCAGCUCAGGGCUGAUUUUGUCGGCCAAGACUUACAGAGCUUACUAUGAUUUGCAGUUCCAGCUGGUCACGGGGCAAAUCCUCCGCGACUAUUUGGCCCUGGCCCAUGGACGUUGGGCGCCCUCGCUGCAGCAGGUCUCUGCCAGGCUGAACUGUUUCGAGGACACCACCCGCGCCGGUGGUCAGGGGAGACCUUCCCGCACCCGGACCAAGCUUCAGUCCUACCAUCACUUCCUCUCAUCUUCCUUCAGCCUACUACUUGCACGCAUUGACACAGGGCGGCGGCAUCAGAUUCGAAGCCAUUUCGCCUUUCUGGGCCAUCCCACGGUGAGCGACAGCCGCUACUCGAGUGUGGCCACCUUCGGGUCGGAUCUCCAGCUUUGUCCACGGAAUUUUAUCCAUCGAUAUCAUCUUGCCUUCAAGGACUCACUACAGGCCUCGCAUCAAGUGAUCAUGCCGACCCCCAAAGAUCUGAAUGAUUGCUUGCUGCUGUUUCCGGAGACGGAGACGUUACGGAUUUGGCUGGCUGGUGAGGUGCAGCACUUCGACCGCGUCGACGCCGUUCAAAAGUGCCGGUCCGAGUUCUGGGCACUUGGAAUCGUCAAAGCGGUCCAGCUUUAUUGA